AUAUAAUUCAUUAUAUGAUGUAAAAAAUAAAAAUAAAAAGGGGAAAAAUGGAAGCAUUCUCACGGAUUAUAAUCAAAAUUGGAGAAUGAAACUGACAGUAAUGUUCAGAAACAAAACAUUCAUACCUUUGAUAAUAUGAGCGGAGGUCGUAACAAUCUGCGAAGAGACAAAUAUGAAGAGAAAAAGACAGCAGAAAACAAGAGUGGCAUUCAUGGCAGGUUCUUCAUUAAAAACCUCAUCCUCAAGAGCAGAGUGAUCAUUUAUAAACCGUGCACAACAACAUUUUUGCAAGUUCAAUGCUAUUUCCCAGUUUUUCUUCCACGAAAAGGUGAGAAACUUACAUUUCUUUUAUUGCUUUUGUUGGAUAGAGAAUGUAGAGGCUCCCGGUCAGCGCAUGUGCGACAGCAGUUGACGUUGACAACCAAUAGUUCGACAUUUCUUGCAACUUUUCAAGGAUUUUUGCCUAAUUAAUUUUAUGAUUUCUUUACCCAAGAAGAAGAAGAAAAAAGAGAAAAAAACACUGAUUGACUGGAAGACUCAAUAAUCAUGAUCUAAUGGU